AUGUCCUGCCCUUCUGACUCAGAUGAACUGAUUUUCUUUGUCAAUGGGAGGAAGGUCGUCGAGAGGAAUGCCGAUCCUGAAGUCAAUCUAUUGUUUUACUUGAGGAAGCAUCUCCGCCUCACGGGAACCAAAUUCGGCUGUGGGAGCGGAGGUUGUGGAGCCUGCACUAUCAUGGUGUCCAGAUACCACCCCGACACCAAGAAGAUACUCCACUGGUCAGCCACGGCGUGCCUGAUGUCCAUCUGCUCGGUGCGGGGGCUGGCGAUCACCACGGUGGAAGGCCUCGGAAGCGUCAGGACCAGGAUCCACCCCGUCCAGGAGAGGUUGGCCAAGUGCCACGGCACCCAGUGCGGAUUCUGCAGCCCCGGGAUGGUCAUGUCUAUCUACACGCUUCUGAGGAAUCACCCCGAGCCCUCCGAGGACCAGGUGAUGGAAGCCUUGGGAGGAAAUCUGUGCCGUUGCACGGGGUAUCGGCCAAUCGUGGAAAGCGGCAAGACUUUCUGUAAGAAAUCCACGGUCUGUCAACUUGAAGGAACGGGAAAGUGCUGCUUGGAUCAAGAAACAGUCAAGGGGAAGGAGGAAGAGGUCUGCACCAAGAUGUACGACGAAACGGAGUUCCGGCCAUUCGAUCCCUCCCAGGAACCGAUAUUUCCACCGCAACUGAUCAGAAUGGCAGAAGAUGAAGAGAAGAGGACGCUGGUUUUUCACGGAGAGAGGAUCACCUGGAUUUCUCCGGCGACUCUAAAAGAUCUCCUGGAACUGAGAGAGAAGCAUCCUGAAGCCCCCCUGGUCAUGGGGAACACCUCCGUGGGACCACAGAUGAAAUUCCAAGGCGUGUUUCACCCCGUGAUCAUCUCUCCCGUCUGGAUUCCACAGCUGAACGUCGUGACGGUUUCUGAGCGGGGGGUGACGCUAGGUGCCGGGCACAGCCUGACCCAGGUGAAGGAAAUCUUGGCCUCGGUGGUCUCGGAGCAGCCUAAGGAGAAGACGAAGACGUUCCGGGCCCUCCUGAAGCACUUGAGGACCCUGGCGGGACCACCCGUCAGAAACCUGGCCACGUUAGGCGGGCACGUCGUAAGCAGGCCCAACUUUUCCGACCUGAAUCCCAUUCUCGCUGCCGGUGGGGCUCUGCUCCAUCUCAUCUCCCAAGGAGGGGAGAGGCAGCUCCCGCUGGACGGCCCUUUCCUGUCCAGAUCUCCGAGUGCUGACCUCGAGCCCGGAGAGAUCGUCGUCUCAGUUCACAUCCCCUUCUCCACAAAGUGGGAAUUUGUGGUGGGGCUCCGCCAGGCCCAGCGGCACGAGAACGCCUCCGCCAUUGUCAAUUUGGGCCUGAGGGUCCUGUUUGGCAAAGGCACGGACACUAUUAAGGACCUGAAGCUUUUCUACGGCAACGUCGGCCCCUCCGUCUUGGCUGCACCCCAGUCCUGUCACCAGCUGCUUGGGAGGCGCUGGGAUGAUGAGAUGUUGAACGAGGCCUGCAAACUGGUUCUGGAUGAAAUUUAUAUUCCCCCCACAGCUAAAGAUGGAAUGGUGAAUUAUAAGAGAACGCUCAUCGUCAGCUUCCUCUUCAAAUCCUACCUCAGAGUCCUCCGAGGCUUGAGCAGACUGGAUCCCCAGCAGUUUCCUGACAUCGCGGAGAAUUUCCAAAGUGCUCUGGAUGACUUCCCCCUCAGAGUUCCCGAGGGUCUGCAGAUGUACCAGUGUGUGGACCCCCAGAAGGCCCCUCAAGAUCCCAUCGGCCAUCCGGUCAUGCACCAGUCGGGCCUCAAACACGCCACGGGGGAAGCCAUCUUCUCUGACGACAUCCCCGUCGGCGACCGAGAGCUGGCCCUGGCCCUGGUGACCAGCUCCAGGGCCCACGCCAGGAUCACAUCCAUCGAUGUGUCCGAGGCCCUGGGAAUGCCGGGAGUGGUCACCGUGGUAACGGCUCAAGAUGUUCCAGGGAAAAACGGCAGUGAAGACGAGAGAUUCUUGGCCCAAGAAGAGGUGAUUUGCGUGGGGCAGAUCGUCUGUGCCGUGGCCGCCGAUUCCUCCGCACACGCCAAGCGAGCGGCCGAGAAGGUGAAGAUCGAGUAUGAGGAUCUGAAGCCGCUGAUCAUCACUAUAAAGGAUGCCUUGAAACACAGUUCGUUCUUAACAGAUGAGAAGAAAAUCGAAAAGGGAGAUGUCGAAAAGGGAUUUCAGCAAGUGGAUCAAAUCACUGAAGGAGAGAUCCACGUAGAAGGGCAGGAGCAUUUUUACAUGGAAACCCAGACGGUCUUGGCUAUCCCGAAAGAGGAAGAAGAGAUGGAGAUCCACGUGGGAUCACAGUACCCAGAAUACGUCCAGGACAGAGUGGCUGAGGUGUUGGGCGUCUCGAAGAGCCGGAUCUUUUGCCACAUGAGACGAACGGGCGGCGGAUUCGGGGGGAAGGUGACCAAGCCGGCGCUCCUGGGGGCCGUCGUGGCGGUGGCGGCCAAUAAGACUGGCAGACCAGUUCGCUUAGUACUGGAGCGAGGAGAUGACAUGUUGAUCACAGCCGGACGCCACCCCCUGUUUGCAAAAUAUAAGAUUGGCUUCAUGAACAACGGCGUCAUCAAGGCUGCGGACGUGGAGUAUUAUACCAACGGAGGCUGUACCCCGGAUGAAUCGGAACUGGUCAUCGAGUACGUCGUGCUGAAGUCCGAGAACACCUACGACAUUCCCAACUUCCGGUGCCGGGGCCGCGCCUGUAAAACCCACCUGCCCUCCAACACGGCUUUCCGAGGGUUCGGUUUUCCUCAGGGGACGCUGGUCGUGGAAUCGUACAUAACGGCGGUGGCGGCCAAGUGUGACCUAACCCCAGAGCAGGUCAGAGAGAUAAACAUGUACAAAACCGUGAGCCGAACGGCUUACCAGCAGACUUUCAAUCCGGAAGCGCUGAGAAAAUGCUGGAAAGAGUGUUUGGAGAAAUCGUCCUUCUCCGGUAGAAGGAAGGCGACAGAGGAAUUUAACGAGAGGAAUUACUGGAAGAAGAAAGGAAUCGCCAUUGUCCCCAUGAAGUUCACCAUUGGACUUCCCACUGGCUAUUUUCAUCAGGCCUCCGCCCUGGUUCACAUCUACAGCGAUGGGUCGGUGCUGGUGGCCCACGGCGGCUGUGAGAUGGGACAAGGACUUCACACCAAAAUGAUCCAGGUCGCCAGCCGUGAACUGAACAUCCCGAUGUCGUCCAUCCACCUGUCCGACACGAACACCGCGACGGUGCCCAACGCCUUCUUCACGGCAGGAUCCAUGGGGACCGACGUCAACGGCCGAGCGGUGCAGAACGCCUGUCAGAUCCUCAUGGAGAGGCUGGAGCCCAUCAUCCAGAAAAAUCCCAACGGGAAAUGGAAAGAAUGGGCUCAGAAAGCUAUAGAGGAAUCCAUCAGCCUUUCAGCUACAGGAUAUUUCAAGGGCUAUCAGACCAACAUGGACUGGGAAAAGGAGGAAGGGAACGCAUUUCCUUACUACGUCUACGGAGCAGCCGCGUCGGAGGUGGAAAUCGACUGUCUGACUGGAGCCCACAAGACUCUCAGGACCGACAUCUUCAUAGACGCCGCCUUCAGCAUCAACCCAGCGAUCGACGCAGGUCAGGUGGAAGGGGCGUUCAUUCAAGGUCGGGGACUGUACACAACAGAGGAGCUGAAAUACUCUCCCGAAGGGGUCCUGCUCUCUCGGGGCCCCGAAGAUUACAAAAUCCCGAGCGUUCCCGAAAUCCCGGAGAAGUUCUACGUUUCCUUGGUGAAGUCCCGAAACCCCAUAGCGAUCUACUCAUCCAAGGGCCUGGGCGAAGCGGGGAUGUUCCUGGGCUCCUCCGUCUUCUUCGCCAUAACGGACGCCGUCGCGGCCGCCCGCCGGGACAGAGGACUGACCGCGGCCUUCACCCUCAGCAGCCCGGCCACCCCCGAGCUGAUCCGGAUGACCUGCGCGGACGGCUUCACCGACAUGAUUCCAAGAGAGGACCCUAACUCCUUCAAGCCGUGGUCCAUCCACGUGUCCUAAUAUCACCGAGGUGUUUUCUAAAAUGUGGGGGUCAAGGAAACGAUUCCACCGGGCUCGCAAAUCAAUCCGAAGCCCGUUGGCCUUGAAACCU